AUGCUGCUCCGCGCCUCGACGCUGCUACUCGUCGGCGCUCUCCUCCUCGCCUCUAUCCGUCGGCGGCGCAGGGCGAGCGGCCGCCCCGUCCUCGCGCCUCGCUGUGCGGCAGUGGAAGCCGGCGCCGCGCCGCUCGUUGUGGUCGUCGGGCUGGGCGGGGUCGGCUCGCACGCGGCGCAGCUGCUGCUGCGCGGCGGGGUGGUGCGGCUGCGGCUGGUCGACUUUGACCAGGUGACCCUCUCGUCGCUCAACCGGCACGCCACCGCCACCCGCGCCGAAGUCGGCCUCGCCAAGGCGCUCGCCCUCCGCGCAGCGCUGCUCGCCAUCCGGCCCGGUGCCGAGAUCGACGCGAGGGUGUCCCUCUUCAACGCGGCGGCGGCGGCGGAGCUGCUCGGCGGGCCGGUCGCGCUCGUGAUUGACGCGAUCGACGACAUUGCCACCAAAGCCGAGCUGCAGGUUCACUGCUUUCGCGCCGGCCUGCCCCUCCUCAGCGCGCUCGGGGCGGGCGGCAAGGCGGACUGCGGCUGCCUGCACGUGGCGCCGCUGGCGGACGUGCUCGGCGACCCGGUCGCGAGCAGCGUGGGCAAGCUCGUCCGCGCGGCGGAGCCAGCCGGCGGCGACUGGUGGCGCUCGCUCGACCAGCGGGUCGAGUGCGUCUACUCUUCGGAAAAGCAGCGGGUCGGGCUGCUGCCGAUGCCGGCGGGCGCCAGCAAGGAGUCGCUCGGCUCGCAGCCAACCUUCCGCGCGAGAGUCCUGCCCGUCCUCCCGCCGGAGCACGUGCGGACGCGCCACCUCCCCGAGUGGAGCCCUCCCGAGGCGUGGCCUCUCUCGUUCGACGAGGUCGGCAUCGUCGUCAACCUCGUCUUCCGCAGCCGCUGCGCGAUCUCGGGCCUGCGACCGCAGGACCCCUCGCGGCCCCAGUUCUGCCUCUGCCCGCUCGACGAGGCUGGCCCGCCGAUCAUGGACCUUACCGCGAUCCAGAAGGGCACGACGCUGAAGCCAACACAGACGAACGACCGGUCUGAGCCUGUCAAGGAGAGCGUGACCAUCAAGGCCAGUCCAAUGAAUCAGCUGAAGGAGGAGUUGAAGGAGAAGCCGAAACUGAACCACGUCGACACGGUCGACAAGAGUGCUCCGAUGAUCGAAUCGUCGACGAAGAUCGCGAAGGAUGCGAGGCCGCAGCUGAUGAGCGAGCUGCUCACCAAGUCGUCGUCACACGGCAUCGCGGCUUCUUGA